ACAACGCACAUGUAAUCGGGAUUUACGAUUGGUAUACGUCUGAAAAUAAACAAAUAAACGAGGGAAUAAAUUUAAUUUAAAGUAUAAAUAAACUGACUAUCAACAUGAAAACCGCCCUCUUUGUACUCGGCGCUGUUCUCAGCUUUGUUAUUCUCACUAUCGACGCAGCUUCUGUCCAACCAGUUCGCGAGAAGAGGCAUCAUGUCUUCAAUCCCGGUUUUGUCGGUGACUAUUGGUCCGGUCCACAAAUCGGACGAAAUUUUGGUGGGCUGAUCGAAAGUGAAGCGAGUGCAGGAAGCAAAAGUCUCGUGAGGCGUGAGGGUUCAGAAGGCGAAAGUCAUGCAGCCAGUCAUUCCAAUAGUCGUGGUCAGAACGGCUCUGGCAGCGGAUCGAGUGCCGGCAGUAACGCCGCAAGUUCAGCGGGAAACAACGGCGACGGAGCUUACAGUUCGUCGAAUUCGUGGGCAUGGGCGUCAGGAUAGGAAGGAGAAAACGGCUAUCCUAGACGAUAUCUUUACCUUUAAUAAACCGGGAGAAAUAG